AUGUUCAGAAGUAAUCAUUGUGACAACACAACAAGUGAAGAAGUCUGCAGAAUCGAUAAGAAUAAACAAACCUGCACGUUCAACCAUGUGACGAUAAUCACGCUUCAACCUUUACAGCAGCAGACCUGCCUCACCCUCCACAGCCCACAAAUUCUACCGAUGGGAAUGUUAACGAUCAAACCGGAAGGAAUCAAAUUUCGCUGCAACAGAAAAAACGAAUUCUACACACGCGAUCACGAGAUCGUAUCAGAGUCAGUUCACCGCUGCCAUCGCGCAGGCAGUUGCCAUGCAGACAGAUGCCACGAAGUUAAAGAAACGGACAAGCUAAAAGAGUUUUCGGACAUUGCCAACAAUAGUCCGGGCUACACGUCUUGCUCAUCAAGCUGUGGCGUUCUCACCUGUGAUGAUGUUUCUUUUCUGCACUCAGCUGCCUCUUCCACAGACUGUAUGCUGUUCCAACAACAUCGACAGUCUAUACUGUCUUCCGGUGCCCAAGUGAACGCAGAAGUGUCUCUACAAGGAGAAGAUGAAAUAAUCAGUACAACCGUACGCUUGCUCCCAGGACGCACAAGUACAUGGAACAACAUUCAUUUCUCAUUAAUCGGCACGAUUGUUCCACAGCUUCCCAUUCUAUCAUCCACGUUCAUCACGGAUGGUGAACUACAAAGUCACUCUGCUGGGCAGCUGCAAUGUUCGUCGCAUCAAGCUGCAGAACAAUUUGACUGCUACUUUCCUCGUCAUGCAUGUACAUGCACCACUGCUUUGCAUAGCGCCACAUGCACAUGCAGCAAUGGAAAUAUCCGCGAUCGCAUGGCUCCUCAACCACUUCCACAGGCAUCCAAAAACUUCAUCAUUUUUCAGUUCCAACGCCGAUGUCUACUCAAGAGUAAACGUCGAUCAACUAUACAGCUUCGAAUUGUUGCGGAAGACCUCCAAUUAACGGCACUCAAGCGAUCUAUCCGGCUGUUACAGUUGCACUACCGGAGCCUCGCUAACACUAUCCUGCACGAGCGACAACGACGAAGUUCUAGCCCAUAUCGAAUGCGACAAGCACUCCCACGUAAUCAGAUGCACAGAGUCCGGCUAUCUCAACACAAUCUUCUUCAUGUUCGACACUCCAUCAGUCACCACCAACUGCAUCGCCGUCUGCCCCGGAGGGACCGUGAACUUCACGAUCAAAGGAUCGCUGGCUUUCGUCAACGAAAGGACCAUCUCUUCAGAUGUCAGCAUCACGAAAGAGGAGUGGAAAGUGAUCUGUCCUCUAAUAUGAAAUUUUUGGACACCAUUGUAACAGCUGCGGAAGGUGUGGCCUCUUUCUUCAGUGUCUGGGAAUCCUUUGUGUGGCCUCUUUCUUCAGUGUCUGGGAAAUCCUUUUUAUUCUUCUCCCUAUCAUUAUGA